GCGCCUGCAGCCGGGCCCCGGCCCCGGGGGCGCCGCCUCCGCCCGCGGCUUCUGCACGGACUGGAGUCCAGCAGUGGUUUUGUACUGAAGUGCUACUUACAAGGCUGCUUAGAAGCUAAUCCUGUGCUCCAUAUUCCCAGUGUCUGCUGGCUCAUAGUAGGCUGGCCUGCCGCUCUUCCUGCUAUGAUGCCUGGGCAGAUCCCAGACCCUUCUGUGACCGCAGGCUCUCUGCCAGGGCUGGGCCCCCUGAGUGGACUCCCCAGCUCGGCUCUGACUGUGGAGGAGCUGAAAUACGCUGACAUCCGUAACAUCGGGGCCAUGAUCGCCCCCUUGCACUUCUUGGAGGUGAAACUGGGCAAGAGACCCCAACCCGUGAAAAGUGAGCUAGACGAGGAAGAGGAGCGGAGGAAAAGGCGCCGGGAGAAGAACAAAGUCGCAGCGGCCCGAUGCCGGAACAAGAAGAAGGAGCGCACUGAGUUUCUGCAGCGGGAGUCUGAGCGCCUGGAACUCAUGAACGCGGAGCUGAAGACCCAGAUCGAGGAGCUGAAGCAGGAGCGGCAGCAGCUCAUCCUGAUGCUGAACCGGCACCGCCCCACCUGCAUCGUUCGGACCGACAGCGUCAAGACCCCCGAGUCCGAAGGCAACCCGCUGCUGGAGCAGCUCGAGAAGAAGUGACCAUGGCUGGGAGGAGGAAGAGGGGGAGGAGGAGGAAGAGAGACGAAGAGGGCAGAGGAGGGGGUCCCAGAGGACCCUUCCCUGGUGUAUGACAAACUAUUCAAUGAGGCUCAGCACAGCCAGCACGGGCCAGGCUUUUUUGUGAAACUCAGAUCAGCCACACAGGGGACGAGGGGGCUGAAGAAACCCAGAGGGACCAAGCGCUGAGACCAAAGUUGACCCAAGGGUAGGGCUGUCCUGCCUGGGGCCCAGCUUGAAAGAGGCAGGACAGGGGCACCUGGGCCACAGAGACGCCCACCCAGGCAGCCUUGACACUGCUCCAGACUCUCUGCCAGGACACCCGCCUGAGGGACCUCCGAGCAGCCAGGAAAAGCCGUGAGUUGCAACCAAAAGGCAACUGAGGAUAGAACUCAGAGUGAAACUGCAAUCCGUCUGUCCCCAGCCCUGCCCCCUGGCCCCAAUGCAAAGCCAGAGAGGGGCACACUGGGCCCUGACACUCCUGGCCACUGGGUCCAGUGUGGCCCUGCCCAGGAGGUGGCAGCCGGGCACACCCUCGCUGGCCCUGCUGGAGUUUGCUGUGGGCACUGAGGCGCGGGCGCCCUUCCAAAGCACACACUCACUGAAUGUUUACAGACUGGCUGUCCUGGCAGGGCUUUCAACUGCACAUGUUUUUUAUACUUUCUUUUUCUUUUUUUUUUUUUAAUAUUUUUUACAAAAAAGAUUUUAUACAAGCAAUAUAUAUAUGGAUUCUAUAAUCACUCGAUGUGAUACAGUAUAAAUAUGCUAUGGGUUGUUUGUUACGAACAGAUAUCUACCAAUUAUGUGUAACUCCUCAGUACUGUAGUCUUUGGGUGUUGGGGGUAUCAGGGUGGCCGGGUUGGGGGUGGGGUGCAUUUCCAUCCUUGUAAACCCUUC